CUUAUAUAGAGCACUUCCGCAUCAGACCUCGUCGAACUCAAUUCAGACGACGACAGACAGACAGACAGACAGCAACGUCCCGAGCAAAGAAACAGCUCUCACCCAGAAACUUCCAUUCAACAGCCCCGGACUUUCACUUUCGGCUCCCCACGUCAUCUCGCACAAUCCGCAAAAUGGCCGAGUCCGUGAACCACCAGGAGGUGCAUGAUCUCCUCGUCGAGGUCGCUCGCAAGGCGGGUGACAUGAUCGCUACUGCUCAGCCGCAUAUCAAUACCAGCUCGUCCAAGAAGAACUCGGCCGAUUUGGUCACCGAGACGGAUAAGGCUGUUGAGAAGUUCGUCAUCGGAGCUCUCAGGGAGCGUUAUCCUGACUACGACUUCCUCGGCGAGGAGACCUACGUCCCCGGCAAGCAGCUCACGGACAAGCCCACGUUCAUCUGCGACCCUAUCGAUGGCACAACCAACUUCAUCCACGCGUUCCCGAACGUCUGCAUCUCGCUAGCCCUGUGCGUCAUGCGCAUGCCGGUCGUGGGAGUGAUUUACAAUCCAUACACGACGCACAUGUACACCGCCAUCAAAAACCAAGGUUCAUUCCUCACGAUGCCAGUGCGCACCGACUCCCCUACGUCCCCGGCGCCCAUCGCACCCCGAAAAAUCCGUCUCCCCCGCAAGCAGCACCCUGAGCCGCUCACGGGCCUCCAGAAUGCCCUCUGCGCCGUAGAAUGGGGCUCCGACCGUUCCGGCCACAACUUCGAAGUGAAGCACCGCACCUUCACCAAGCUCGCUGGCGCCAUAGAGGAAGGUGGAAAGAUGGUCCACUCUCUACGCAGCAUGGGCAGCGCCGCGUUGAAUCUGUGCGCUGUUGCUGCGGGCCAGGUCGAUCUGUACUGGGAGGGUGGAUGCUGGGCCUGGGAUGUGGCCGCGGGCUGGCUGAUUCUUACUGAGGCGGGCGGGAUUAUGGUGGAUGGAAACCCCGGCGGUUGGACGCCUGCUGUGGAUUGCAGACGCUAUCUGGCUAUUAGGGCCGCCCCGAGUGGCCAGAAGGAGCUCGUGGAGGAGUUCUGGAGCGCCAUCGAGGGAAGGAUGGAGUACUCUUCUUAAGGGGACGACAAGAAGCCACAGAAGGGCGUAAUCGAUCCGUGAUGACUGUCAUUAUAGUGGUAAUAGGAGUGAUAUGCAUGUUGUAGAAUGAACAGUAACGACAGAGUGCAAUUGCGGUACGAGUCCAGGUGCAGAUGUGCGGAAACGGGAGUAACUGUCGGCGAUUUGUCGGUGAGUCUUUGAACAGUUGAU